AUGACGGAGUACGUGGUGCGCGGCAGCAAGGACCUCAAGUCGAUUAAAGACCUCAAGGGCCUGCAGGAUGGCCCUCCGCCCGGCGGAUUCCCCGCCGUGCGAUACGGGCGUCGCAUCAUGAACACGGGCCCGUCGGGCGCCGCUCUGGUGCUGGUUUCGACGGCUGUGAUUGCAUUCGGAUUUUACCAGAUCGGCCAAGGAAACAUCAAGCGGAGGGCGGAGAAGAAGGAGAAGAUUGACGCGCGCGUGGCCAUACUGCCGCUCAUCCAAGCAGAGGAAGACGCGCGCUUUGCGGCGGCGCGCAGGGAGGAGCUGCAGCAGGAGGCGCACAUAAUGCGCAACGUGGACGGCUGGGUGGUGGGGCAGAGUGUUUACAACUCGGGCCGCUGGAUGCGCCCUGCCAAUGGCAAGCUCGCCGCUGAGUACUGA